AUGUAAACAUUUGAGAUUGAAAAAAGAAUUUGUUAAGUUCAUAAAUUAGAAAUAGUAGUAGUUGAUUUGAAAUCAUAAACAAGAAUUGAUGACAAAUAUUUAUGCACAAGAUGUCUGGCUGAGAGAGUCGAUAAAGAAAAUAUGGCAUUGUUAAAUGAAGCUACAGAAAUGAUAUAAAGUAUGAAGACCCAAACUGAAAAACUUGCUAAGGAAGAGAAUGUUCUAAGAUUAAACAAUUUAAAACAAUUGUAAUCAUCCAUAAAAUCAUACAAAAACUAAAUCAAGAUAGAAAUUGAAAAAUUACUAUAAUUAAUUGAUCAAUAAGUGGAAUAAAUCCAAUUUGAAAUUGAAUCAAAGGAAUCCAAGUUAGAAUUCAAAAAUUAUGAUGAGGAAAUUCAAAUUCUAUCAAAACAUUAUAUAGGAAAUUUUAAUUAUAAUAUACCAAAAUAACUAACAUAUAAGGAAAAAGACUUAGCCCUUUUCCAAAUUAUUUAUGAAUCAUUGUAAUCUUAGUAAAAAUCGUAAAAUUUUAACUAAAUCAUGGAAUCCAUAGAAUUAAUAAAAUCUAGUGUACCAAUCAAUUAAUCUGCUAAUAUCAACUAAAUGCCUGCCAAAGAAUUUGAUCAACAUGUAAUUUGUAAUUAUUUAUAUUAGAAAACUCCUUAUCUUAAUUAGAUUUGUAAUAAACAUAACAAGGAAAUAAUUAUGUUAAACAUAAAUUAAACUGAACCAGAGUUUGGGAGGUUAGCAUGCGUAGAAUGUAUUGAAGAAAAUCCUAUUUAAUAUAUCAGUUUAAAAGAAGCAAACAAAAGAUGGAAUUCAUUUAUGGGUUAAUCAGAGGAUUUAAUUUCUAAACAUAAUUUUAAAAGAGAACAAUAAUUUAAUAUGGUUGCUCAAGAAGUUAAAUAACUAAAAGAUUAUUACAAUGAAUAAUUAUCAGAAAUGAUCAAAAAUAUAGAUUUAUAACUAACAAAGAAUAAUUCAGAUAUUUAAGAUUUCAUUAAAUUAGAGAAUAAAAAAAUAUUUGAGUUAGAUGAAAAAUAAGUUGAAAACAUGAUUAAUUUAUUGAGUUAAAAAGAUCAAAAUAAGAAAAUAUUGGAACAAUAAGAGAAAUAAGAUAGACUCGAUUAAUUAUUUUAUUAGNUUGUUUAAAGGAAUUCUUUAUUUUACAAAUACCGAUAAAUGCUAGUACAUUUGAGACAUUUAUUGAUUAAUAAUUGCUUCAUUAAGAAUAUUAAAUGUAAUACUAAAAAUAAUGCUAAAAAUAUAUAUUAAUAAAUAUGA